AUGGUUAUAGCAUGGAUUACGAAUUCUUUGUCUACUGAAUUGGCAACUAGUGUAAUGUGUUUUGAUUCUGCCAAAGACAUUUGGACUGAUAUAAAUGAAUGGUUUGGUCAGUCUAAUGGUACUAAAUAUAUUCAGAUCCAGAAAGAGAUUAACUCUACUGUGCAAGGUUCUUCUACUAUCUCGUCCUAUUUCACUAAAAUUCGCACUCUUUGGGAUGAGUUGAGUACAUCUUAUGUUGGUCCUGUAUGUACUUGUGGGGCUUUAGGGAAGUUUAUGGAACAACAAAAAUUGUUCCAAUUUUUUAGUGGCUUAAAUGAUGAAUAUUCACUCUGUAAGAGUAACCUUCUGAUGAGGCCUACACUACCUUCCCUUAGUUGUUCUUAUGCUAUGUUGCAACAUAUUGAAAAGCAGAAUGAGACAUCCCCUCCUAUCUGUGGAUUCUCAAAUGAUUCAACUGUUUUCAAUUCAAUGUCUCAGAAUACUUCUGUAGGAAGAGGAUACAAUCAAAGAUUUAAUUUUGAUUCUAAAAGGCCUUUUUCCUCCCCAGUGCCAUAUGAUGCUAGAAGAACUCAACCUGAUGGCAGAAAAUCUCUUACUCCUAACUCUGGUCCCUCAACCUCUUCACCUAUUUUCUGCAAGUAUUGCAAGAAAUCUGGACAUCUUAUUGAUAAGUGCUAUAAACUCCAUGGUUAUCCUACUGAUUUCAAACCAUGUCAAGUUUAA